AUGGACGACCUUGGUCAAGGUGACCCUUAUGCGCAAGUUUGGUUGGAUAAACGCGAGCACAAAUUUCAAACAGAAGCAAGAAGUGGAACUUCUACGCCCGUUUGGGACAGAAUUUUUCACUAUAAUGUAAACGGCCAAUCCGAACUUCAUAUUAAAAUUUUGGACUCCGAUGUUUUUACCGAUGAUGAGAUUGGUUGUGCCGUAGUACCUCUCGAAGAAAUUUACCGAAGUUAUUAUACCGAUUUUUGGGUUAAAUUGCCAGAUCAUUUAGGUCGAAGUAAUGGGGAAAUUCGUUUGGUUUUGGAAUUUAUUCCAUGUUAA